AUGCCCGACACAAAGGCGUGUGAGACGUACGUCUCGUGCCCGUACGACUGGUCCUGCCCAUCAGGCCCGGACCCCGUCACGGGCGACGGCUGCGACGUGCAGGCCGGCAUCGUAGCAGCUGUGAUCGCCGUCGCUUUCUUCAUUGUGUCCUCCGUUGGGAUUCGGUACUUUCGGAGAAUGAGCGUGGUACCGACGAGGGGGAUCGUGAAUAUUAGGGGGUUGGAUCCGUCAGGUGACCCAGUUGAGGUCGUGCGGACGAGGACGGAGGGGGUCGUUGACGAGGACGGUCAGCAAAAGACGAGGUUGCACUACGACCUCACCAUGGAGCAGAUGGCCCAAUUCGACGCGUAUGAGGACCGCGAGCGGGGCUGCGCCAAUCUGAGAUCACUAGACCCUGGGGAGGACUCAUUCUUGAAGGUGGACCUGAACUUGAGCGGCACGAUGGACUUCGAGCUUCACUUGACGAUUAGGACCAAGGCCAGAGACUCGCUGCUGUUCGGCAAGGUCUUUCCCAAUGACAAGCCGCCAUUCGGCAUCGGCAAGGCGAAGGCUUUGUUGAUCAAGCAUGGCAAACUCUGCUGGCAGGUCGGCGAAAGUUGCAUCACUGGGAAGACCGACAUUGCGGACGGCUUCCAGCACAAAGUCUCAGUCGGGUACAGAGCGCACCAGGAGCAAUACUACCUCGAGGUCGACGGCUCGUUCGAAGCCAAAGGGCUUUGCGGUGUUGCUGACCACCAGGACACCAUCCUUGUCCUUGGCAAAGAAACGGCGCCGAGAAACGACGAGUUCAACGAGCUCUACCCCUUGUUCGAAGACUUGCACGGCAGCGGCUUCGAAAUGCUCUCGGCGGAGCAACAGGGGGAGGCGCCCCUCUUUGACGGCGACGUCGACCAUCGCGUUUGGAAGGAGUACAGAUGGAACAAGAACCGGGGAAGGUACGCAUGGUUUGCGUAUGCAUUGUGUAUCGAGUCUGGAGAGGUGAUCGACCACAAGAUGUCGAAGCAGGAGGCCGAGGAGGAGAAACACCAUUCCACCCAGCCGCAGUCGGUCGUCAGCCCGCCCCACUGGGCAUACCACAAGAACCAGGACGUUGAGUAUUGGUCAGCAACUUUGCACAGGUGGCUCCCGGCCAGGAUCAUCGAUUCCAGGGGUAUGUACUUCGACGAGUAUCUCAAGUUCAACGUUCUCCACUACGAAGUGUAUGUGGGGGCGUCCAGGCAGUUGGUGCACGGCGUUGUGAUGAAUGACUUGCGCUUACCAAUUGUUGACGGCGACUUGAUCAGCGUGUACUCCCACAAGCAUAGGCGUUUCUUUCCCGCUCUGGUCCGCAAGUCGAUGAGGCACAUUGACCCCAGAAUGGGAUACGACAUCGAGCUGGAGGACGAGCUGGCCGACGAUGGGGAGACGUACACCAAGUCUGAGCUGCAGAAGGAUCUGGAGAUUGAGAACAGGGGCCGGAAAUCCGAUGCUGCAGGACGAAAUUCGAAUUUGGACGGCGUAGGCGAACUUGGACGUCGUGGAGAGAGGCCGCUUGGAGUCCCGGCUCUGAGGGACUUGCCCGAGCAGGGCGUGGAAGAAUAUAGGCUGAUCAAGAACAUGUUAGCCAAGCUGGUGAGGAAGCGAUACAAGAGGGGAGACCUCGUCCGCGUGUAUAUGGGCGUCGACGCCGGCUUUGUCAUGGCCGAGGUCGUUCGAGAAGAGCUGGCAGGAGAGACAUCCGCAAGCCAAGGUGGCAAGGGCGCACGCCCAAGCCCGAACCCAGGCAGAGGCGACGACGGCAAGGCUGCCGAGGGAGCGCCAUCGUUGCCACGCAACCGUCGCGAAGAACGACAGCGUCACGCCAUGGUCGUCGUGAGCAUAGUGAGUCGCUCCGAGGGCUCUCCGGGCGAAGAUCAAUGGGCUGGCGUGGAUGCCAUGCUAGGGGAUUCCGAAAUGACGAUGGCGGAGUUCUUGCAGCGCCGUCCAAAUUACGAUUUGCCCUCGUCCACGCAGUCCAACGGCGAUGAGCUGCGCGCCGUCAACGUGCACCCUGGCGCUGGCACAGCGGCUGCCGAGCCCAUAAUAGCCAUCUUUUCGGCCUCCACUGUCAUUGGCGUCCCUGGCUACCUCCUGCACCCGCCUCUCGUGGCUAAGCAUGGAAGACAGAAGCAACGGCACGAACAUAAACAUCCGCAGCUCCGCGCGGAUGUCUUGGAUCGGCGCUGCGCCCCCUUGCGGCGCCUCCAGUUCCGCCUCUGGCGCGCUUCGCGAGCCAGGGAGUGGGUCCCAGCGCAGAUCCAAGAAACCCGCACGGGCCUCCGAAAGCUUAUUGGCAUGCAGUUUUUUUUUCCUCUGAAGCAGCCGCCGAUGUCUGCGAGGAUCACGUCGGCCGUGGCACCCCUCUUCGCGGGUGACGACGGCCCUGUUGGUUCCUUGCUGUCGGCUCUGAAGGGCAACCUCCUGUCGUCGGCGCGUGCCGCCACGCCGACGAGGCCGUCGCCCAGGCGGGCUUAUGAGCUAAGCUCAUAG